AAACCCAGCCAGUGGAAAUUAAUUAUUGAGCCAAAAAGAAGACAUAUUGUCGACCAAGAGAGGAAGACAUUUAAUAUAUAGCAGAAGUCAUCAACAAAGGAAAGAAAAACAAGGCCAAAAUUAUGAAGAUGUUUGAACCGCAGAGGUACAUUUUGGUGAUCCUUGUUUUCUUAUUUCACUGUUUUUGUGUCAAUGGAAAGCACUUUGUGUUGGUCCAUGGAGCCAUUCAUGGAGCAUGGUGUUGGUAUAAGGUUGCCACUAACUUGAAAUCAAGUGGUCAUGAUGUGACAACUCUAGACAUGGCUGCUUCUGGCAUCAAUCCGAGGAAGAUGGAAGAGGUUGAUUCGGUUGCAAAGUACCAUGAGCCUUUGAUGUCCUUUAUGGCCUCUAUUCCUCCAGAUGAAAAGGUCAUUUUGGUUGGUCACAGUCUUGGUGGGUUAUCAGUUUCUAUUGCAAUGGAAAAGUAUCCUCAGAAAAUAUCUGUUGCAGUUUUCAUCACUGCCACUGUUGUCUCUCAUAACCUCACCUUCACAGCUUAUUAUCAAGAGAUAAGGAGAAGAUGGGGACCCAGUUCGGCAAAAGAUUAUUUCAUUUGGGAUGGGCCAAACAAAGCCCCGAUCCUUUCAUCUUUUGGACUCGAAUCAUUAACAUCCAGGGAGUACCAAUUAUCACCAGCUGAGGAUUUGACUCUUGCUAUAUCUUUGGUGAGGCCCUUACCUCCCUUCAUGAACGAUGUUAAAUUAUUGACUGAACAAACUGCUGUAACCAAGAAUAAGAAUGGAAGGGUAUCUAAAGUCUAUAUCAUAUCUGAAAAAGAUAAUUUGCUAACAGAGGACAUGCAGAGGUGGAUAAUUGAAUGCACUGGUCCAUAUGCUGAGGUGAUAGUGAUUAAAGAUUCAGAUCACAUGGUUUUGUUUUCCAAACCAGAAAAGCUUAGCUCUGAACUACUAAAGAUUGCUGCUGUAAAAGAAGAAUCUACUAAAGAUUGCUUAUAAAUAUUAAUGUUACUUUAAAAUUUAAAUGUGAAUGUACUGUGAAUCACAAAAGGGACAUGUUUAGGGACUGUGUAUCAUAAAUAAGUACCUAGCUAUAACCUUUUAAUCAUUUUUAUGAUUACCAUAUCUAUUUAAGCUUAAUUUUGAUUUAUGAA